AUGGCGGAAAACCUCAAGAGACUGGCCUCGAACGAAUCUUUACAAUUAUUGCCAGACAAACUAGAAUCCUGGCAGAAGGACUACAACACGAACUCAUGUGAUCAAAAUCUCAAUAUCUGCCUGGAACUCAUCGAACAAGUCGCCAAGGUGCAGGGGCAGCUGUUUGGGAUCCUCACUGUAACCGCCCAGGAAGGAGGACGACAUGAGGGUGUGGAAGUGAUCAAAUCACGCCUUUUGCCCUGGCUGGAGGCAUCUUUUACUGCGGCUUCCCUGGGAAAACCUAUUGACAGCAGGGUCCCCUCCCUUCAGGACACCUUCGAUAAGGACAAAGGGAGAGACUCCAGCAUUAAGGAGCGGGAAGCACAGCUUGACUCUGACUUGAUCGCAACUCGAAAUCAGCUCAACCAGGUUCAAGACGAUCUGGCCGCAACUGAAAAGACUCUUGAAGAAACCAAGAACAGAUCGACCAUAUCCCUUUUGGCUGCAGAGGAGGAAAUAAAUCAGCUAAAAAAGCAGCUUAAAAAUCUUCAAGCCCAGGAGGAAGCCCGCCACAGAAACUCAGAGCACAGGGGCUCAGACUACGGCAGCAAGAGUUCGGAGCGUCGUCGCAGUUCGGAGCGGAGUUCGGAGCCAGGUUCGGAGCGGAGUUCAGAGCGGGCUUCUGAGUCGCGGAAGACCGAGCCGCGAGGCUCUCUGCUCAAGAAAAGAGUCAGGGAGGCACGCAGCCCGGACAUGCAGAGCACAGACCAGUGUGCCGAUGUGAUUUCUGAUUACGAGAAGCAGCUCCGAACGCUCAAGGACGAGAUAGCAGUUCUGAAUGCUGAAAAAUCUGCACUCCAAGGAAGGUCCGCCAGGAGCCGGUCUCCUAGCCCUCAUCCUGGCAGCCGCAGCCACAGCCGCAGCCACAGCCGCAGCCACAGCCGGAGCCAGAGUCGGAGUCAGAGUCGCAGCCAGAGUCGCAGCCAGAGUCGUCGCCAGAGUCGCAGCCACAGCCCUAGCCACAGCCGCAGCCAGAGCCGCAGCCGGUCAGCCAGCCCCUCAGCCGGCGUCGCCAAGGUCAGGACCCCGUCUCCGAAUCGCGCCAAACUGUCCAGCGUGGCGCGAAAGGCCGCCCUCUUGUCCCGGUUCAGCGACGCCUAUUCUCAGGCCCGCCUGGACGUGCAGUGCUUGCUGCGGCGCUGCAUCGACAAAGCGGAGACGGUGCAGCGCAUCAUCUACAUCGCCACCGUGGAGGCAUUCCAUGUAGCUAAGAUGGCUUUCAGACAUUUCAAGAUCCGCGUGAGGAAAUCAUUGACACCAUCAUAUGCGGGGUCGAAUGACUUUGAGGAUGCUGUCUCGGAAUACAUCAUUUGUCACCUUGAUCUGUAUGAUUCCCAAAGCAGUGUUAACGAUGUGAUCCGAGCCAUGAAUGUCAAUCCCAAGAUUUCAUUCCCUCCUGAAGUUGACUUUUGCAUCCUCAGUAACUUCAUCCAGGAGAUAUGUUGCAUUGCCUUUGCAAUGCAGACUUUAGAACCACCCCUAGAUAUUGCUUUUGGGGCCGAUGGAGAAGUUUUUAAUGACUGCAAGUACCGUCGCAGCUACGACUCUGAUUUCACCGCUCCCCUGGUCUUCUACCAUGUGUGGCCUGCUCUCAUGGAGAAUGACAAUGUCAUCAUGAAGGGAGAAGCCGUUACUAAGAGAGGGGCUUUUUGGAAUUCUGUGCGAUCUGUGAGUCGAUGUCGGAGCAGGAGUUUAAGCCCCAUCUACCCCCGUAGCCACAUUGGUUUAAGCACGAUAUCUCGAAGCCGGAGUCCUUCUCCAAUAAGAUGUGUAUUGCCAAGGUUUUAAAACCACCAGCCAUGCUCCUUUGCCACAGAACAUCUGCAACAGCACUUGCCUGUCUCCACCUGCCUGCUGUGUCUGCCUCCGGCCUCACUUAAGAUAAUGUGAAAAGACAAUUCUGUAUCACUGGACGCAGAGAGUUAAAUGCUUUUGGCUCAGUGCAUUUGUAACUUCAGACAAUUGCAUUUUAUUUUUAUUUUAUAGAUACAAAUUCCAUCAACUUGAUAAAAACAAUUGCAUAGGUGUUUAGGAUCAUAUUCAUUUGAAGCAAAGUCCAUUACCCAGGCUCAGAAUUUCCCAGGCUCAGAAUUCCCUAGGCUUGCUUAGAACACCUAGGUCAACAAAACUGGAAAAUGUUUACUAGGCUGAGUCCAAAAGGAGAGGCAUUUUAGUUUACAAAUUUAUCAUGAAUACUGUAAUUGCCGGUCUUAGCUUUAAUUUGAGCACAAUAUUUCGUUUUCAUUUUGCUUUGAGGGUUUGGACCACAGCCUUGUUUUCUUUUCCGAUUGAGAGCGCCCCGUGUGGUGGAGUCGAGUACUGUAUACAGAAGAUGAAAAUGUUUUCCUGCUUCGCGAAUGCGGGGCAGUGAUUUAGAUAGAAGCCAAUUUAGAGCUAAAUGUUAAUUGCCUUAUGGGCUCCUCCUGGGAAUAGUUCACACUAUAUUUUAGUGCACAAGUAAGUGUAGCAGCCAGCUGAGACGAGAUACCAUUUCUCCUAGUUUUUCACAAAUUCAGACCUCCUGGGAGCAUCUGCGGACAGAGAAGAGCCUCAAUUUAAGACCUAACCCAGUGGCAUUAUUUAUUCCAAAGAGCCUCAAAUGUGAGGUGCGUUCUUUCCUCUGCGGCUAUGUGGUCUUCAUCUUGGGGCCAAGGCGUGUUUUGGAAGGAGAACUCGGUCACCGGUAGCUCUAGUUCCAACUUGGUCUUCACCUUGCCUUGAACGAGUUACUUCACCUCUCUGAACCUCAGUUUCAUUGUAGAGUAAGGAGUUGGGCGAGAUUAGAGUCUGUGUCUUCUCAGACUCUGACAUAUUUUCUUCAGUAUAUUUUGAAAUGAAAUUCAAAGUUAAUAUAAUCCAAAUGCAUAUAUCCUUUUAAACAAUGGAUAUAGCAUUCUAGUUAUAAUACUAGGCUUGAAAAAAAGGAAUGGAUUUAGAUUUAUAAACAAGUGCUUGCGUAUAGCCCCCUAUACACAAAUUAAGAAGGAGAAUUAGGUCGUCAGAGGCUUGCGCCGGCGUGUGGACAGCGCUGGCAACAGCGGUGGGUGCUAUCCUGGAUCUGGUUCUCUGAAAGGACCUCGCUGGGUAGAGUU